AAACUUCUACCUCAGCAUUUCUCUUUUUCUUCAUCUGCAUCACGCAAAGAAUUUCUUUGCCAAGAUGCCGCCCAAGAGAAAGGCUUCCGCUAACGUGUCAGGACCCUCCAAAUCAAGAAGGGCUUCUACAGCUUCAACUCCCGGGCCCUCCACCCCUCGAUCUAUCGGUAGUAACGAUGACUCGGAUUCCGCGGAAGAGCUUCCCCCUGAAAAUGAAGAACAGAUACAGAAGGUUGUAGAUCGCUUCUCGCUCGCAACAUUUCGGGACAAGGCAUCACACGAAGAGGACUGGACUUCGAGACGAUUCUUCAGAGACGGUAGACGUGAUUUCUCAUAUUUGCCAUUGAAACCCGAUUUCAAAAAUCGCCCUAUCUGGAUAGAUCCCCAGCGAGGACGAAUCAUCCUAGAGAACUUCAGUACUUUGGCCGAACAAGCGAAAGAUUUCCUUAUUACCGUUGCCGAACCUUUAUCGCGUCCAACCUUCAUCCACGAGUAUGCCCUUACUAGUCAUAGUCUGUAUGCGGCUGUAUCAGUUGGUUUGCAGCCUCGAGAUAUCAUCAAUACGUUGGAGCGGUUCUCUAAGACCCGUGUCCCUGAGUCUAUUAUAGGCUUCAUCGGAAGUUGUGCAUCUAGUUACGGGAAAGUGAAGCUGGUCAUUAAAGAUACGAAAUACUUCGUCGAGAGCACUGAUCCCGAAGUAUUGCAGAAACUAUUGAAAGAUCCUAUCAUUGGGCCGUGCCGUGUUCAAGGCACUGAGACGGUCACCAGCGCCCCCUCCAUGGGCGGCCUAGUCAUUCCCGGUACUUCCAAUGCCGCAGGAGUAAAGCAAGCACAGAUCAAGAAGGAUGAGAAUACGCAGCAAGAAUCGACUGAACAAACACAAGGCCAAAAUCCAUAUGAUGCUCUGAGAGAAGAUGACGAUGAUGAUAAUCAGGAUGCCGUGCACGCCUUUCAGAUCGAGGACUCUACUAUCGAGGUCGUUCAGAAGCGUGCUUUAGAAAUCCAGUACCCUAUGUUAGAAGAAUACGAUUUUCGCAACGACGACAAGAAUGCGAACCUUGAGAUCGACUUACGACCUGCUACACAGAUUAGAAGCUACCAAGAGAAAAGCCUUAGUAAGAUGUUCGGAAAUGGGCGAGCGAAGAGUGGUAUCAUUGUGUUACCUUGUGGUGCGGGCAAGACCCUGGUUGGCAUCACGGCCGCAUGCACAAUUAAAAAAGGGUGCAUUGUUCUUUGCACAAGCACAAUGUCGGCCAAUCAAUGGCGUAACGAAUUCUUGAAAUGGUCCAAUAUAAGACCGGAAGAUAUUGCCCUUUUUACGUCGGAUCAUAAAGCGAAGUUCCCUGGCAACACCGGGAUCAUUGUCACAACGUAUCCUAUGGUAACAAACUCCGGAAAGAAACGAGCUCAUGAUUCGGAGAAGGUUAUGAAGUUCCUGAGGGAGAAAGAAUGGGGUCUAAUGUUGCUGGACGAGGUUCACGUAGUACCUGCGGCCAUUUUUCGCAAGGUGUCACACUCAAUUAAGAGCCACGCGAAGCUUGGCCUAACUGCAACACUCCUACGAGAAGAUGACAAAAUUUCUGAUUUGAACUUUCUCAUUGGACCAAAAUUGUACGAGGCAAAUUGGAUGGAGCUAUCAGAGCAAGGACACAUAGCCAAGGUUCAGUGUGCUGAAGUCUGGUGCUCGAUGACGGCUGAGUUCUUUGACGAAUUCAACCGUCAGAAGAAGAACCGGAGUCUCCAGCAGAAUCUAUACGUCAUGAACCCGCGUAAGAUCCAAGCCUGCCAGUUCUUGAUCGAUUACCACGAAAAACGAGGUGACAAAAUUAUUGUCUUUUCCGACAACGUCUACGCCCUUAGAUCCAUUGCCGUGACUUUGGGGAAGGCUUUUAUUUGUGGAUCUACGUCUAAUAUGGAGCGUAUGGAAGUUCUAGAAAACUUUAUGCACAAUCCCGAAGUCAAGACUAUUUUCUUGUCAAAGAUUGGUGAUACAUCUCUAGAUCUUCCGGAAGCCACUUGUCUCAUUCAAAUCUCAUCUCAUUACGGAUCUCGUCGUCAGGAAGCACAGAGACUAGGACGCAUCCUUCGAGCGAAGCGCAGAUCGGACGAGGGAUUUAAUGCGUUUUUUUACUCAUUAGUCUCGAGAGAUACACCGGAAAUGUUCUACUCGACUAAGCGACAGGCUUUUCUGGUAGACCAAGGAUAUUCUUUUAAGGUUAUCACGCAACUGACCGGGAUUGAAGAAAUGCCAGGCCUUGUUUACAAAACGGCACAACAGCGUCGCGAACUACUUCAGACCAUCGUGAUCGAUACGGAGUCUAAGAAAGAGACAGAAUGGGACGAUGUCGCAGAUGACUUGUUCUACGGACCCGGAAUCAAGAAGAAGGGUCGCUACAAGCGUACAGCUGGCGAGCUCGUCGAACUCAGUGGCGGAAGAGAUAUGGCGUACAUUGAGCAGAGGAAGGGCAACAAGGGACUCAAGAAGAAGCCGGCGCAGAGCAAUGCCUUCUUCAAGAAGAUAUCCAGAGAAAAAGAGCGGUUGAAGAAUCAGCGCUAGACAACUUGAGCACUGUACACUGUAAGAUAUGGAAAAAGAUGUGAAUCGGGGGUACGAAAACGGGGGGCGGGCGUCAAUGGCAUUUUCAAGAUUGAACGGGGAGUGAAUAUACCCCAAGAAUAACGACGAGUUCCAGUGCGGGUUAGGCAGGUAGUGUUUUGAUGGAUGCCUUUGGCAAGCCACCCAGAUGGGCAUCAUUUUUGGUGAUACCUACUUCAUAGACGCCUACAUAGUACAUAGCUACUAGUAGCUAGAUACCACUAGUCAACGUGUACUCGAAUUUAGGUACUUUAUCCGGGCAUACUAUAAUAGCUUAGUGUUUCCAGCACAAUGGACAGAUGCACCAUCCCA